AUGACAGAACUCGUGAACCCAAACCCAACUGUCUUUCGCGACGCUCUGCAGCAUCAACCGCAGCGCAGUGCGGAGGAGCUGCUGCAGGAGCAGGACGAGUCUUUUCGUGACCCCAUUGACUCACUGGAGGUGUUUCACCACAUCCGCAGUAUACGUGAUCCCGAGCAUCCCAACACACUCGAGGAACUGAAGGUCGUGGAGCCGGAACUCAUUCGCGUGGAUGAGGUGAAGCAGACCGUGCGGGUGCAGUUCACCCCGACCGUCCCGCACUGCAGCAUGACAACACUGAUAGGGCUGUGCAUUAGUCUGAAACUACAGCGUUCACUGCCACGUGGGACGAAAGUGGAUGUGUAUGUCACGCCCGGCUCACAUGAGCAGGAGGAGCAGGUGAACAAGCAGUUGAACGACAAGGAACGGGUGGCGGCGGCGCUGGAAAACAAAAAUCUUCUGAACGUUGUGGAGUCGUGCCUGAACGAAUUUGAGUGA